AUGAAGAUCUUUCUUCUUCUCUUCCUCUCACAGACGACAGGUUGUGAGGCCUUGUCUGAAGUGAAGGGAUGUGCAUCAGGAUGGGUUGAAUUCACCUGCAAAUAUCCAAAACCAAAUGUAAAAUAUCAAAGUAUUUAUGUAGUUUCUCCCAAAGAAAUCAUACGAAGCUCUGAGAAGGAUGUGUGGGAAAACAAAGGCAGAGUUUCCCUGUACCAUGAUCCAAAAAAUACAAAUCUCAGAGUGGCCAUUAAACAACUUGAACGUGAGGACUUCGGGGACUAUCAGUGUAAAUUUCACCAACGAUCGGACUCAUCCCAGGACACAGAGGAAGUGAAAUUGGACGUUGAGACAGACGGCUGCCAGGGACAAUUUAUUCAAACUGCGUACAGAACAGCUAAAACCACCAUCACAUGUGAUCACACAGGAAACAAAUACAAGUUCUUCUGCAAACAGAACGGUUCAAUCUGUGAGGAUAUUUUAUCAACAAAAUCCUCUCUGAAGUCAAACGGGACAUUCACUCUCACAGAAACCAACAGUAGCUUCAGCAUGUCCAUCAGUAACGUGUCCUCACAUGAUGCUGGUGUCUACCGGUGUGGAGUGGAAACACAUGAAGGAAGUUACAGAGCUUCUCUCAGAAAGAUACAGCUGAAGGUUGAAGGUGGCCCUCACGUCGUCAUCACUGUGAUCGUCUGUGUAGCUGUGCUGCUGCUGCUGUUUGUGCUGAUUUUGAUCCUAAUCUACGCAUGUAAGAGUUAUUACCAGUUUGCAGAAGAAACACUCACAUUUUGUAAACAGAAAACCACAUUAACAACAGCUCCACCCUGUGUGGAGGAUCAUGUCUAUGAGGAGAUACAGCAGACGCCAAACUCAGGAAAUAAGAUGAACUCGAUAUAUGCCACUGCCAACUUUCCCACAAACCCCUCUGCCUCGCAGCAUUACUCCAGCAUCAACUUCCAAACAGCUCUGACAGAGUUGGUGGUGAGGCAGUGA